CUCCGCUCCGUUUCAGCGCUGCCGUCUCAUCGGCUCCCCCCCGUUUUUCCCUCCCCCGCAGACUCGGAGGCGAGUCCCGGCUCGGACGGCGAGGGGCUGGCCGAGAGGACGUCGUGCUCCUUCGGCUCCCCGGGCGAGCUGGCCCCCGCGGCCUGCGAGCCGUCGGCCCCGGCCUCCAUGGAGGAGAUCCAGGUGGAGCUGCAGUGCGCGGACCUCUGGAAGCGCUUCCAUGACAUCGGCACGGAGAUGAUCAUCACCAAGGCGGGCAGGAGGAUGUUUCCUGCCAUGAGAGUGAAGAUCGCCGGCCUGGACCCUCACCAGCAGUACUACAUCGCCAUGGACAUCGUGCCCGUGGACAACAAGCGAUACAGGUAA